CCCAACAGUCAACCCCUGAAAAAGGCGGUCACAAAACCCCCAGGCGACGAAGAUGAUGGCACGUCGGGACCCCAAAUCUUGGGCCAAGAGACUGGUGAGAGCCCAGACCCUCCAGAAGCAGCGGAGGGCCCCAGUUGGGCCAAGGGCUCCCCCGCCCGAUGAAGAAGAUCCCAGGCUCAAGUGCAAAAACUGCGGGGCCUUUGGCCACACGGCCAGAAGUACCAGGUGCCCCAUGAAGUGCUGGAAGGCAGCCCUGGUUCCAGCGACCUUGGGGAAAAAGGAAGGGAAGGAAAACCUGAAACCAUGGAAGCCCCAGGUUGAAGCCAACCCGGGGCCCUUGAACAAGGAUAAGGGAGAGAAGGAAGAGAGACCAAGGCAACAAGACCCGCAGAGGAAGGCUCUCCUCCACAUAUUUUCUGGGAAACCUCCAGAGAAGCCGCUGCCGAAUCGAAAAGGAUCCACGGAAUCUUCUGAUUAUCUGAGGGUUGCAAGCGGGCCAAUGCCGGUCCACACAACCAGUAAGAGGCCGCGCCUGGGCCCUGUCCUCGCUGAUCGCUCAGCUACCGAAACGUCUGACAGGGGCUCCGUCUUGGCUUCGCCGUCUCCCCUCAGAAAAGCCAGUCUGAGCUCCUCCUCAAGUCUUGGACCAAAGGAAAGACAGACAGGGGCUGCGGCCGACAUCCCUCAGCCUGCAGUCAGGCAGCAGGGCCCCGAGCCUCUCCUCGUGGUGAAGCCGACACACAGCAGCCCUGAGGGUGGCUGCCGAGAAGUUCCCCAGGCUGCCUCCAAAACCCACGGCCUGCUCCAGGCCAUCAGACCCCAGGCACAGGACAAACGUCCUGCGGUGACCUCACAGCCCUGCCCGCCAGCCGCUACACACAGCUUGGGCCUAGGCUCCAAUCUCAGCUUCGGGCCAGGAGCCAAGAGACCUGCCCAGGCUCGGAUUCAGGCUUGCCUGAACUUCCCCAAGAAACCGAGGCUGGGUCCCUUCCAGAUCCCCGAAAGCGCCAUCCAGGGAGGUGAGCUGGGGGCCCCGGAGAAUCUCCAACCUCCGCCAGCCGCAACCGAACUUGGACCAAGUACGUCGCCCCAGAUGGGCAGGAGGACACCCGCCCAGGUGCCCAGCGUCGACCGGCAGCCUCCGCACAGCAGACCUUGCCUGCCUACUGCCCAGGCCUGCACCAUGUCCCAUCACCCAGCGGCCAGCCAUGAUGGGGCCCAGCCUCUCACAGUGCUCUUCCGGAGACUGGAAAACGGACGCUGGAGCUCCAGCCUCCUGGCGGCCCCCUCAUUUCACUCUCCUGAGAAGCCGGGAGCCUUCCUCGCUCAGAGCCCUCAUGUGUCAGAGAAGUCUGAGGGUCCCCGUGUUCGUGUCCCACCCAGCGUCCUCUAUGAGGACCUUCAGGUUUCCUCCUCCUCAGAGGACAGCGAUUCUGACCUGGAGUGA